GCCAGCCCAGCCGAGCCGGGGGCGCAGAGCGCGGGAGGCGGCGGCGGCGGCGGCGCGGAGCGGAGCCCAGCCCAGGUGGUACCGCUGCCGAUGGGAGUGACCAGGCGUGUUGGAUGAAGUCCAUGCACCAUGUCAUCAUGUGUCUCUUGCCAACCCACCACUGACCGUGCCACCCCCCAGAAUGAGCUGGGGGGUGGGGGCAGCAGCAGCCAAGGCCAGAAGCCCUGUGAGGCCCUGCGAGGCCUCUCGUCCUUGAGCAUCCGCUUGGGCAUGGAGUCCUUCAUUGUGGUUACUGAGUGUGAGCCAGACUGUUCUGUGGACCUCACCCUAGCCCGGGAUCCACCCUUGGAGGCUGAUGGCCGAGAGGUCCCCCUCGACACUUCUGGGUCCCAGACCCGGCCCCAUCUCUGCGGUCGCAAGCUCUCCCUGCAGGAGCAGUGCCAGGGCAGCAGCUUGGACAUGAAUGGACGCUGCAUCUGCCUGUCCCUGCCCUACUCUCCCGUCAGCUCUCCGCAGUCCUCGCCACGGCUGCCCCGGCGGCCCACAGUGGAAUCCCACCAUGUCUCCAUCACGGGUAUGCAGGACUGCGUGCAGCUGAAUCAGUACACACUGAAGGAUGAAAUUGGAAAGGGCUCCUAUGGCGUGGUCAAGUUGGCCUACAAUGAAAAUGACAAUACCUACUAUGCAAUGAAGGUGCUGUCCAAAAAGAAGCUGAUCCGACAGGCUGGCUUUCCACGUCGCCCUCCACCCCGAGGCACCCGGCUGACCCCAGGGGGCUGCAUUCAGCCCAGGGGCCCCAUUGAGCAAGUAUACCAGGAAAUCGCUAUCCUCAAAAAGCUGGACCACCCCAACGUGGUGAAGCUGGUGGAGGUCCUGGAUGACCCCAAUGAGGACCAUCUGUACAUGGUGUUUGAACUGGUCAAACAAGGGCCUGUGAUGGAGGUGCCCACCCUCAAACCGCUCUCCGAAGACCAGGCCCGUUUCUACUUCCAGGACCUGAUCAAGGGCAUUGAGUACUUACACUAUCAGAAGAUCAUCCACCGGGACAUCAAGCCUUCCAACCUUCUGGUCGGAGAAGACGGGCACAUCAAGAUUGCCGACUUUGGCGUGAGCAAUGAGUUCAAGGGCAGCGAUGCCCUCCUCUCUAACACCGUGGGCACACCCGCCUUCAUGGCUCCUGAGUCGCUCUCGGAGACCCGCAAGAUCUUCUCUGGGAAGGCCUUGGAUGUUUGGGCCAUGGGUGUGACGCUGUACUGCUUUGUCUUUGGCCAGUGCCCGUUCAUGGACGAGAAGAUCAUGUGUUUACACAGUAAGAUCAAGAGUCAGGCCCUGGAAUUCCCAGACCAGCCUGACAUAGCCGAGGACUUGAAGGACCUGAUCACCCGUAUGUUGGACAAGAACCCCGAGUCGAGGAUCAUGGUGCCGGAAAUCAAGCUGCACCCCUGGGUCACGAGGCACGGGGCGGAGCCAUUGCCAUCGGAGGACGAGAACUGCACGCUGGUCGAGGUGACCGAAGAGGAAGUCGAGAAUUCGGUCAAACACAUUCCCAGCCUGGCGACUGUGAUCCUGGUGAAGACCAUGAUACGGAAACGCUCCUUCGGAAACCCAUUUGAGGGCAGCCGGCGGGAGGAGCGCUCAUUGUCAGCGCCCGGACACCUGCUCAUCAAAAAACCAACCAGGGAGUGUGAGCCCCUGUCUGAGCCCAAGGAAGCAAGGCAGCGAAGACAGCCUCCAGGGCACCGACCUGCCCCCUGCGGGGGAGGAGGAAGUGCUCUUGUGAAAGGCGGUCCCCGUGUGGAAAGUUGGGGGGCCCCGGCCCCCAGCUCCCCCGCACACAUGUGUCCACUGCGGCCUGAGGAGGCAAUGGAGCCCGAGUAGCUGCCUGGAUUGCUCGACCUCGCAUGCACGGCCUUGACGCCGGGCUGCUGCAUCCUGUGUUUCCAUAGCAGCAUGUCCUACGGAAACCGAGCACGUGUGUAGAGCCCUGAUCGUCAUAGCUGGUUAUUUGUCUUUUCCUUUGUUGUUUUAAAGGGGACAAAAAAAAAAAAGACUUGACUCCGUGACGUCGACCUUGGCCACUAGCUGGCUGAACGGGCAGGUGUGAGGAGUUGCAGACCCAAACCCACGUGCACUUUGGGACAAUUGCUUUUUAAAACAUUUUUAUGCCAAAAAUCCUUCAUUGUAAAUUCAGAACCAUGUCAGAUAUACCAAGUGAAUGUGUGUGGGGUUUGAACAUUGUGGAAAAAUGAGCUGAAAACUCCAGUGGUCUGAGGCCACAGAGUUAGUUGCUGCAUUGGAGAGGGAGUAGAAGGUUAGUUGUGACUCCUCAUUGCAAACCCCAAAUCAUGGCACCUUCCAGAACCAUGUACUCCAGGAGUCAGAGUAGGGCUAGCCCUCAGUAACUGCAGGGAGCUUUGGUACAAUUUAUUUGUAAGAAGUACUUCUUAAUUUUUUAUGAGUAGAAUUCUAGUCAGGAAGACAGAAAGGGCUUGAAGUUUAAUUGCUCCUUGAAGGGGAUUUGCCUACCUUAGAAGGGCAUUGGGCAGCUGUGGUGGGAAAAGUUUCGCCUGAAGGACUGAAUGAGUUCAUGACAGCUGCUCAAAGCUGGUUUCUGAGACAGUUAACUGAGCUCUAGUGAAUUUCCUUGUUCAACUACAAAAAACUUCAGGGUAAAAUCCUACGUUA